AUGAGCGAACUUGAAAAACCGAGCCCAAUUGACCAGGGCAUGGCGGACACUUUGUCCAACUCUGACCACGGAAACAUGGUCGACCCUGAUGCCGGCUUGUCGGUAGCUGAGAGGAAGGAAGUGGAACGCAAACUACUACGCAAGCUGGAUCUUAUGCUCAUCCCAUGGCUCUGUCUUUUGUACUUGAUCUGCUUUCUCGAUCGCACCAACAUCGGCAAUGCCAAGAUUGCUCAUCUGGAGAAAGACUUGGGAAUGGACCCGAAAUCACUCAAAUAUGCGGCCACACUUAUAGUCUUCUUCGUCUCCUACGCUUUGUUCGAGGCGCUCGCCAACUUCCUUCUCAAGAAAUGGAAGCCCUCCAGAUUCAUCCCAAGCAUAAUGAUCGUAUGGGGUUGCUGUAUGCUUGGCAUGGGCUUUGUCAAGAAUUGGUCUGGUCUCAUGGCUGCACGAUGGUUCCUUGGCGUGGCCGAAGCCGGUUUGUUCCCUGGUGUCAAUUACUAUUUGUCAUGCUGGUACAAGAGAAACGAAUUCGGAGUGCGUGCUGCCAUUUUCUUUUCGGCUGCGGCUUUGGCUGGCUCCUUUGGUGGCCUUCUUGCGGCUGCGAUUCAAAAAAUGGAUGGUCUCCGAGGCAUCCCGGGUUGGGCUUGGAUCUUUAUCAUUGAGGGUCUCUUGACCAUCAUUGUCGGCUUCGUCUCCUUUUUCAUGGUUCACGACUUCCCAGACGAGGCCAAGUUCUUGACCCCUGAAGACCGCGCGCGUGUGUUACUGCGACUUGAGAACGAUAAACAACACUCGGCUAGGCACGAAGACUUCAAGUGGGACUACAUGUGGGCUGCUAUUAAGGACUGGAAGACUUACAAUGGCAUGCUAAUCUACAUGGGCCCUCUGAUGCCACUUUACUCUUUCAGUGUCUUUCUGCCGACAAUUAUUCAGUCCAUGAGCUUCACGUCCGCCGACCAGAUCAUCAGAAACCAACUUCUUAGUGUACCGCCGUAUGCGGUCGCCGCCGUGCUGACGGUACUUGUUGGGUUUUGGUCCGAUAGGGUACAGAAACGUGGCGUUUUUAUCAUGGGCUGCGCCCUUGUUGGAAUUGUUGGAUUCAUCAUGUUGAUAUCAACGACUGAUCCGGCUGUCCAGUAUGCAGGCACCUUUUUUGGUGCCAUGGGUAUCUACCCGCCCAUCUCCCUAACAAUCGCGUGGGUAGCCAACAACGUCGAAGGUGUCUAUAAGCGCGGAAUUGUGCUCGGAUUCGUCAUCGGUUGGGGUAACCUCAACGGCGUGGUCAGCAGUGUCAUUUAUCGGUGGCCACCUCGCUACUUCCAGGGCCAUGGAACCAUCAUUGCGUACCUGGCCGUGUGCAUGUUUGGAGGCAGUUUGCUCUUCGCUACUAUGCUCAACAUGGAGAAUAGGAAACGCCGCAAAGGCGAGCGCGACCAUUGGGUAGAGGGCAAGACCGAGGAUGAGAUCAAUGCCUUGGGCGAUAAGCGACCCGACUUCCUGUACACCCUUUAG